GAAACAAAGUUGGUCACAAAUCACAUUGGCUUUGACUGAAGGUUUUUUUUUUUCCCCCCCACCCUUCUUUAGCAUGCGACCAUGGGGAAAGUGACCACUCCUGUCGGCAGAGAAAGUCUGGGUGAUUUGGUGCCGAGGGAGCGACAGUAAGUUUUCCGUGACCAUGGUACCUGUUGAAAACACAGAGGGCCCAGUUCUGUUGAACCCGAAGGGGAGAGCAGAGGUUGAUGGCAGCGCCAGAGUCAGCAGAGAUCCGAAUCCUCCCUGGGAGAGAGGUUGCAGCAUGUUCACUCUCCUGUCCUCUGUCAUUGCUGCUAUCAGUGGUCUCCUCGUGGGUUAUGAACUUGGCCUCAUCUCUGGAGCUCUGCUUCAAUUAAGAGCCAUAUUGGCACUGAGCUGCCAUGAGCAGGAAAUGGUUGUGAGCUCCCUCCUCAUUGGUGCCUUAUUAGCCUCACUUACUGGAGGGAUCCUCAUUGACAGAUACGGAAGAAGAAUGGCAAUUAUCUUGUCAUCUUGCCUACUUGGACUUGGGAGCUUAAUCAUGAUCCUCAGUAUAUCUUACACAGUUCUUAUAGGAGGACGCAUUGCAAUAGGGAUUUCCAUUUCACUCUCUUCAAUUGCCACUUGUGUCUACAUUGCUGAGAUUGCUCCCCAACACAGGAGAGGCCUCCUUGUGUCCCUGAAUGAGCUGAUGAUUGUCAUUGGCAUUCUCUGUGCCUACAUUUCGAAUUAUGUGUUUGCUAAUGUUUCCCAUGGCUGGAAGUACAUGUUUGGCCUUGUUAUUCCCUUGGGAGUUUUGCAAGCAAUUGCGAUGUAUUUUCUUCCUCCAAGUCCCCGGUUUCUAGUGAUGAAAGGUGAUGAUGAAGCUGCUAGCAAAGUUCUUGGAUGGUUGAGAAGUAUUUCAGAUACAACAGAGGAACUCAUGUUAAUAAAAUCUUCCCUGAAAGAUGAAUACCAGUAUAGCUUUUGGGAUCUGUUUCGGUCAAAGGACAACAUGAGAACUCGAAUCACAAUAGGCUUAACAUUGGUCUUUUUUGUACAAGUCACUGGCCAGCCAAACAUAUUAUUCUAUGCAUCAACUGUAUUGAAAUCUGUUGGCUUCCAAAGCAAUGAGGCAGCUAGCCUUGCUUCCACAGGUGUUGGGGUUGUCAAGGUCAUCAGCACCAUUCCAGCCACCCUUCUUGUAGACCACAUUGGGAGCAAAACCUUCCUCUGUGUUGGUGCCUCUGUGAUGGCAGCCUCAUUGAUGACCAUGGGUGUUGUGAAUCUCCACAUCCACAUGAACUUUACCAAUAUCUGCAGAAACCAUAGUCUUGUCAACCAGUCCUUGAAUGAAUAUAUGUAUGAUCCUGGAACACUGCCAGCCAGCAACAAGACUCUCAGCAAGCACUUGAAGGAGGUCACUUCCCAUGGCAGAAGUUCAUUAAUGCCCACGAGAAAUUAUAUGAACAAAAGAGAAGAAACGACUGUGGCAUCCUUACUCAAUUCUGGACUGAGUCAAACUGAUCAUCAGAUAGCUUCUGACCCUACAGAUGUCCCUCCUUCUUUGAAAUGGCUGUCCUUAGCCAGCUUGCUUAUUUAUGUUGCUGGGUUUUCAGUUGGUCUAGGACCAAUGCCCUGGCUGGUGCUCAGUGAAAUUUUUCCUGUUGGAAUUAGAGGACGAGCCAUGGCUUUAACUUCUAGCAUGAACUGGGGCAUCAAUCUAUUCAUCUCUCUGACAUUUUUGACUGUGAUAGAUCUCGUUGGUCUGCCAUGGGUGUGCUUUAUAUAUACAAUCAUGAGUCUACUAUGCCUGGUUUUUGUUCUUCUGUUUAUACCUGAGACAAAAGGAUGCUCCUUAGAACAAAUAUCAUUGGAGCUCGCCAAAAAGAACUAUUUGAAAAAUAACAUUUGUUUUAUGAGUCAUCACCAAGAGGAAUUAGUGCCAAACCAGCUUCAGAAUGGAAAAUCUCAAGAGCAGCUCAUGGAAUGUAAAAAACUGUGACGGGGACAACCAAGGCAGCUUUCUCCAGAGGCCUAAUGACUUCCGAACCUUAACAAAUGUUGAUACAGGAUAAGAACACUUUAGUAGGGUGUCUUCAUUCCAAUACAUAUUUAUUCCUAAGUGUCAAGAAGCUAGUUAAAAAAAACAUACUGAAAUGAAGACAAUUUUUAGCCUCUAACCCGAUGAGCCUCAAAGGGCCAAUGAGGUACAAUCUCCUAAGUGAUCUUGAGAGAUCCCAGGUUAAAAAACAAACAAACAAA